UGUUGUCAAUCGGUCUCCGUACUGAAGUUUUUCCGCAAGAAGCAGGAGGUUGAUAAACCAAACACACUGGCAUGGGACAGGGCUGAUGAUAGCCACUACCCUAGUGAACUAAGGUCGUCUUUUAAAAGUGUUGAUGUUCUACAGACCCCCUAUAGUGAGAAAAAUACCCUGACAGCUCGAUGCUCCUGUGCCGGACCGUAGCACUUUGCCAAAAUGUUGCAAGAUGGGGAAAGGGUUUUCGCAGGGGCGUCCUUCACCCCGGCCUCUCCUACAACCCUAGUCGCUGUCAAAGUGUUGGGGGCACUUCUGGAGGCACUCCCCAGCCCACAACGGCUCAGGGAGAGGGCACAUACCGCGACAGUGUGCUACUUCCUCGGACUGACUUCCCAAUUAAACUAACUGGGCAGAAGAUUGUUGAUCGGGAGCUGGAGAUCCAACGGUUGUGUGGGUUCUCGGAGCUAUACUCCUGGCAGAGGGAAAGAAAGGGCAAAAAGGAAUACUGUCUGCACGAUGGGCCCCCAUACGCCAACGGUGACCCCCAUGUUGGACACGCUCUCAAUAAGAUUCUUAAAGACAUCAGGAAUCGAUUUGAGAUGCUGCGUGGGAAGCAGGUCCACUACAUCCCAGGCUGGGACUGCCACGGCCUGCCCAUCGAGAUGAAGGCCCUUGGAGAGCUGGGUACCAGUGGGCUGACUCCUCUGCAGAUCAGACAGAAAGCCCGGGAGUUUGCGGAGGGGGCCAUUUCUCGGCAACGCGAGGCGUUCCAGCGGUGGGGGGUGAUGGCCGACUGGGACCAGUGCUACUACACCUUCGACGGGUCGUAUGAGGCCAGCCAGCUUCAGGUCUUCCAGGAGAUGCACAGCAAGGGUUUUAUCUAUCAGGACUAUAAGCCGGUGUUCUGGUCUCCGUCCUCCAGGACAGCCCUGGCCGAGGCAGAGUUGGAGUACAACCCCGAGCAUGUGAGCCGGGCUGUAUAUGCCACCUUCCCUGUGAAGACUCCACCGCCCAAGCUAGCGUCAUCCUCUGAGGAAUGGAGCAAUGCAGCCGCAUUGGUUUGGACAACCCAGCCCUGGACCAUUCCAGCCAAUCAGGCGGUCUGCUUCAUGCCUAAUGCAAAGUACUCUUUAGUGAAGAGUGCUGAUGUCUCACAACUCCUCCUGGUGGCCACAGAUCGCAUUACAAGUCUUGCAGCCGCACUGGGCACUCAGUUUGACACUGUGGGCUCCUUCACUGGAUCUGAGUUGGAGGGUGGAGUCUGCCAACACCCCACAAUUCCUGGCAAGGAGGUACCGCUGCUGGCUGCUAAUCAUGUGACCAUGGGCAAAGGAACGGGAUUGGUCCACACGGCGCCCGCCCACGGGAUGGAGGACUACAAUGUGGCCUCUCACUUCAAUCUGGCAGUGGAAUGUAUGGUGGAUGAGGUGGGAAAGUUCACAGAGCUUGCCGGUCCAGUGCUCUGUGGUCAGUCAGUCAUGGAAGAGGGCACCAAGACAGUGAUCUCCAUGCUAAAGGAAGCUGGCGCUCUGCUGAAAGAGGAGGACUGUGUCCACAACUACCCGUACGACUGGAGGACCAAGCAGCCAGUGGUGAUCAGGUCCAGUAAGCAGUGGUUCAUCAACACAGGCAGCCUGAAGGACAAAGCCAAGGAAGUUCUGCAGAAGGUUCGGGUGGUGCCAGAGUCGGCGCGGGCCAGUCUGCUGGCCAUGCUGGACAGACGGACGUACUGGUGCAUCUCCCGUCAGAGGAGCUGGGGUGUCCCCAUCCCGGUUUUCUACAACAAAGAGACCGGAGAGCCACUCAUGAACAAGCACACAGUGUCGCAUGUGGCGAAGUUAUUCUCGGAGAAAGGCAGCAACUGCUGGUGGGAGCUGCCCCUGGACUCACUGCUGCCCCCGGAGGUGCGGAAAAAGAGCAAGGUGGACAAUGAGGUGGAGUACGAGCGUGGCGAGGACAUUUUAGACAUCUGGUUUGACAGCGGGGUAUCCUGGGCUGCCGUUCUGCAGGACUGGGAGGCCGACAGCAGCUCAGAGUCCACCGAUUCCCCACUGAGCUGGCUUCCGCUCCCCAGUGCCCUGACGCCAGAAUCAGACCCGCGUGCUGAUGUGUACCUGGAAGGGAAGGACCAGCUGGGCGGAUGGUUCCAGUCCUCUCUGCUGACCAGUGUGGCUGUGCGUAACAAGGCCCCAUACAAGAAGCUGGUUGUGCAUGGAUUUGCUGUGAGUGAGAAAGGAGAGAAGAUGUCCAAGUCUGUGGGAAACGUUGUGGAUCCUGACACUGUCAUCAACGGGGGCGAGGACCAUUCCGUCUCCCCUCCCUACGGUGCGGAUGUGCUGCGCUGGUGGGUCGCCGAGUCUAACAUCUUCUCCGAGAUACAGAUCGGCCAAAAUGCAUUGACGUCCGCAAGGGACAGCAUUAACAAGGUGAGGAACACACUCCGGUUCCUUUUGGGGAACCUGCAGGGGUUUGACCCUCGCACCCAGGCAGUGGACCCUAAAGAGAUGCGCUAUAUUGACCAGUACCUGCUCCACCUGCUGAGAGACUACAGCAUGAAGGUGACGGACGCGUACAACGAGUUUGACGCGAGCAGAGUGAUCAGACUCCUCCAGGGCUUCAUCUCCAGAGAUCUCUCCAGCUUCUACUUCAGCAUGAUCAAGGACAGGCUCUACUGUGAUGCGGAGGAUUCGCUUGGCCGCCGGUCGUGUCAGACAGUUCUGGAGGAGAUUCUGGAUGGUGUGACUCGAUCCAUCGCCCCAGUGCUGCCUCACCUGGCGGAGGAGGUGUACCUGCACGCCCCGGGACAUGAUGAAGGGGAGUCUCUGUUCCGCAGUGGCUGGAUUAAAAGCAGCUCGGUGUGGAAGAAGCCCGGGCUGGAGGAAGCGGUGGAGGGGGCCUGCACCAUUAGAGACUCUUUCCUCUCCUCCAUCCCGGGCCGUAACUCCACCGAGUACGAGAUCACCAUCGCCAUCGAGCCCAGCCUCUUCUUCGAGCUCAUGGAGUCCUUGCAGGAGGAGCCCACCUCUACAUGCUCCCAGCUGACAGAGCUGAUGAUGGCGUCACGCACCACCCUGGUCAGUGCAAUGCCCCGGGACCUGCCCGCAGACGCAAUCAUCAGCAGUGGCAAGUUUCUCAUCAACCUGGAGGGCGGUGUAAUCCGUGAGGAGAGCACCUAUAGCGUGGCAGCCUUCCCCUCCUCCCUCGAACGCUGCCCGCGAUGCCGUCGUUAUACCGCCAAGUCUCCUGACUGCCUCUGCACACGGUGUCAAACUGUCCACACCGGGACCCUCUGACCACCCCACCGCUGCCACCCUGUACCAUCUCUUUGCUUAUCUCACAACCACAGACUGUCUCUGUCGAGCAAAGACCACGGAGAACAGGUUGGUUGUGUACGACCACGUCAGAUGCUGUACCAACAUCUGUCAGCAUGAGAGGUUGCGCCAAAGCUGAAAUGGGGGGUUUCCAAGGGGGCACAGUACAGUACAAAUAAAUGUUCAGAGGCAGAAGACUGGAAGGACUAGACGGGAAGUGACUUUGUAUGUGCGUAUCAUGUGAUCCUUCUUUUGUGAUGCGUGUUCCAAGUUGGUUUCUCCAAAAGGCAGGCUGGUGAACUGUGUACUCUGUAAGGACUGUCUGGGGUGAACAGGUUGUUUGGGUUUCUUUUCUCAGACACAUACAAUAAGGUGGGAUGGGACCCCUUUUUUUUUGUUUUGUUUUUUUUGCGCUUGUUUUUAUGUUAUUACCAGCAGUGACAAACUACCAUGUACCAAAUUAAUAAUAGAAUGAUUUCACAAGAGAUGCUUCAUGGGAGUUUUAUUUUGUAAAUACUGCGUGUUUGUCGCACAUUGGUGAUAAACGUGUAUUUGCUGAUGAACAUUUAUUUGCUGAUAUUCAAUAUCAAUAAAGCUUCGAAGAGUUUA